GGGCCAUCUUUUCGGAAACGGGCGAACUCGCAGUCGUGAACGUCGAGCGCACGUUGUUGCUUUGUAAGCUGUCCCCUGCUCGUUGCCACGAGAACCCCGACGAAGGUUACAGGAGCGCAACUGCAUCACCCAUUGCAGCCGGUGAUACCGUCACCAGGAACACGUGCAACCCGGAGAUUGCCGAGGAAGUUCGCUGACAUCUAGACCCAGUGUUCUCCGACAGUAGCCACAACAACCCUAACACCUCAAUGGAGUCCAAAGACAAGAGCUCCCGGUCGGGCUCGCGGGCCAACCUGAACGAGUCGACGCUUCCUCUGCUCGAGGACGUGGGCGGCGGCGACGUCAAGGCGGCCGAGGAGUCCAAGGAGAAGAUCGAGCUCGAGCUCAAGGGAGGCGACUCGGGCUCCAAGGGCGAGGACUCGAACGCGGCCACGGCCGAGCCCGGCUCGGACGCCGGCGGCAAGGAGACCGGCGAGUCGGACGCCGAGGGAGGGUCCUCCAAGAAGGACAAGAAGGGCAAGGACAAGAAGUCCAAGGACAAGAAGGAGAAGAAGGAGAAGAAGGCGUCGCACAAGCGCUCGCCGUCGUGCGUCGAGACGCUCACCAUCGGUCUCAACCUGCUGGACCGGGACGAGAAGCACGUCAACGACAGCGUGAACCUGGUGUUCGAGGACGUGCUGGCCGAGCCCGACGCGAGCCACGGCUUCGACGGCGCCUGGAAGCUCACCUACCUGGUGUUCUCCACCACGCGCCUGUGGUGCUACCGGCUGCUGGCCGCCCUGCUGGCGCUGCCCUGCGGCCUCACCUGGGGCCUCCUCUUCUCCCUGCUCUCACUGGUCCACGUGUGGCUGCUGACGCCCUCGCUGCGCAUCUUCGACGUGAUCCUGCACGUCGUGCACAGGGUGUGGGGCGGCCUCGUGCGGACCCUGCUGGACCCGGUGUUCCAGUCGAUCGGCAAGGUGGCCGGAGACGUGCGCGUCACCCGAACGCAGGUCUACCCCAAGAACGACUUCGCCCACGACCCGUAAAGGCGGCGCUGCGGACGCUCCGUGGCUCCCGUGUCCGCGGUUGAGCCAGCGGCAGCGGAUGGAGGCGGUGCCGGAACAAAUUUUGCGGAGGCCAGCGGAAGCGCAGCCGGGAAGCCCCGACGACGGUGGACCCACACCCCCCUCGUCGACCCUUCGGCAACGGGGCGAGGAGGCCCACCCACCGAGCUUCGAUGACCUCUGACCCGUCGCGCACUUAGCCCAACAACCCCUUACCCCACGCCAGUUUCGUUUCGUUCUUUUCUCUCGGUUGGCAAUCCGAUCCCCUCCCACACCUCCUCGAUGAUAACGAAGCAGUAUCCUGAGAAACAAAGGAAAAAAAUGUUCGAACGAGCGUCCGAGCUAAGGCAUUCGGCCGAUCCUUAGUUUUGCGGUGAAUGGCCACCCGUGUUGACGAGUGGGCUUGUUGGACCUUGCUCAAGAAGCUAGUACACGCGGUGGUUCUUUGUGACUUGGCCUUGCAGCGCGAAAAACAGGGCAAGAAGGGCUUGACGUGUUGUACGCAUCUUUGCCAAAGUAUGUUGCACCGACGGCCUUAAAAGAACUUGUCUUUUUUUUUUUUUUUCGCUUGAGUGUCGCGGAUUCUUGCUGUACCCCGAACGCUUAUUUUGGAAGUCGGAGCACAUCGCCGAAGUGGCGCUACAGCUCCGAGAAUAACGGUCCAGCGUUAAUAGAGUUUUCGUUCGAUUAAGCGCCCCUUUAAGUGUGAACAUGUCGCCCUCUUUACUGCCCCGUGGUUCGUAUCGGGCCACCGUUCUCGAGUUCGUAACGAACAUUUUUUAGCACACUGUGCGCACGUGGACGAGUGUACUACUGCGUAACGACUCUGCAACAGCACGUUGUAUGUCAUUGUAUACUUGCUCACAGGAACGCAAAGCUGCCAUCAAAAACCAUCAAAAAAUACCUUUUUUGUGCCUUAUGACAUUGCGCAUAAACCAAAACGCCACGAGCUGGUCGUGAAGUUUCAGAACCGUCCUCCGUGAAUUCCGGAAGCUCAUUGUAUAGUUAAAAGCUUGAAUCAGCCAGAUAACUUUAAACUAGACUGACGGAUAGUACAAACUAGUUGCAAGGAAUAGCCUAUAGAGGAAAAACAUAUGGAAAAGUUAACACAGUUUUGGCUUACCGCGGGUACUAAGCCUAAGACCUCGUGAGCCUUCUCAUUUCCCACUCAAUGACGACUUGUCUCGGCGUCUUUCGCAACACCGACUUUUAUGCCUCAAGCUCAAGUCAUGUGUGUACAGUUUUCAGAACGCCAUUCUGCAUUGCCAAAAUCCCUUAAAUUUAGCAUCAAAUUCGUGCUAAGCGCAAUGUGUAGCCGGCCGUUCGACGCUUGCGCACUCUGGAACUUCACGACAAUCCCGUGGUGCUCGAGAUGAGAAAUAAAAAAAAAAUUAUAUAUAUGUGUGUCUGCAAUCUCACGCCGAUACAGUAUUUUUCACUUAGCCUAUGUCUGUAUGUGUGUGCGCGUGUCUGUGUGUGAAAGUUACUGUAUAUCUUUUAUCGUAACGCGCGAUGGCGUCGUGUGUUGCAUUUUUUUUUUUUAAAGCAGAGUUUUUAUACGCAGCUUUUCUCACUGAACUCAUUGUCACACCACAAGCAAGGCAGCAAUUGGCGGCAUGUGACGUCGCUUCUCUUGCAUGUCAACUGCGUUUCAUCGUAAGCUUCAGUCCGUACUGUGCAUGUUUUUUUUUAAAUAUUGUUUUGUUCACAUGAGACGUUUUCAUAACGCCGAAGCCUUGGCGAGUGGAGAAAACUGUAUACGAACAAACUAUUUUUUCCUCCUAUCUCAUCGUAUUUUUCACCAAGCGAAGUGCGUAUUCUUUUCAUAGCAAUGUGGGUCCACCAAUACGAGGUUUGCAUUUUGCAGCCAGCGAGUGUAAUAGCAUCACAAGUAUUUUUACGAGGAAGAAGACAGAGCAGGUAGCUCUGUGGUCCGAAUGUGCCGAAGUUUGUAACCAUGCUUCCCCCUUUUUUCGUGCAAGAAAUAAAAAAAGUAAUAAAGUAUCUUUUAUCCAUUUUAA